AUGAGCCGUGCCGUACUGCAGGUGUUUGAGGAAUAUCAGAAGGCCCGUGUGACCUUCGUCCAGACUGUGGCAGACCUCGCGACGCGCCCACAGAACAUCGAUGCACUCCAAAAUGCAGGAGUGAUGGCGCUUUUGCGUCCCCUGCUCCUGGAUAAUGUGGCCUCCAUCCAGCAGUCAGCAGCCCUAGCUUUGGGACGCCUGGCCAACUAUAGUGACGAGCUCGCCGAGUCGGUAGUUACCCACGAGAUCUUGCCACAGUUGGUGUAUUCGCUGGCUCAGCAGAACCGCUUUUACAAGAAGGCUGCUGCUUUCGUCCUUCGUGCCGUGUCGAAGCACUCUCCACAACUGGCACAGGCAGUGGUCGACUCCGGAGCGUUGGAGGCUCUGGUAAAUUGCCUGGAAGAGUUCGACCCUUCCGUGAAGGAAGCAGCCGCGUGGGCGUUGGGUUACAUUGCAAGGCACACCAAAGAGUUGGCGCAGACGGUAGUCGACGCAGGCGCAGUACCUUUGCUGGUCUUGUGCUUCCAAGAGCCAGAACUUACCUUGAAGCGAAUCUCUGCGUCUGCCCUGAGCGACAUCUGCAAGCACUCUCCUGAGCUGGCACAGACUGUGGUGGACGCAGGCGCCGUUUCGCUCCUGGCCAAGGACAUCUCCCACAACGAUGCGCCAUUGAAGCGUCAGGUGUGCUCCUGUCUGGCGCAGAUUGCCAAGCACUCUGUGGACCUGGCAGAGGUCGUGGUUGAAGCCGAGAUCUUCCCGCGCAUCUUGCACUGCCUGAAGGACAUCGACGAGUUCGUGCGGAAGAAUGCUGCCACGUGCAUCCGCGAGAUCGCGCGCCACACUCCGGACUUGGCCAAGCUCAUUGUCAAUGCCGGUGGAGUUGCCGCCAUGGUGGAUUACAUCACGGAGGCUCGCGGCAACAACCGCCUGCCUGGCAUCAUGACGCUGGGAUACAUUGCGGCGUUCUCCGAGACACUGGCGCUGGCUGUCGUGGUGUCGAAGGGCAUCCCGCCCCUCAAGGAUGCCCUCAUCAACGAGCCCGAAGAUCACCUGAAG